AUGGCUGAGAAGGCCGACGCGCACUCGACCUCGUCCCUCGCCGACGCCGACAAGGCGCAGCCCAAGCCGACGGCGACGCACGACCACCUUGAGCACUAUGUCGAGCACACGACGGGCUACUCGCACAACCUGCGCGCCGUCCAGGAGGCGCAGGGUUUCAAGCCGGCCGACGGCCGCCUCGUCGUCGACCCGGCCGAGGCACGCGUCGAGUACGGCGACGAGAUCGCGAGCCGCCUCAAGACCAACAGCGACGGGACCAAGAUCCUGUGGCCGCAGCCGUCCGACGACCCGAACGACCCGCAGAACUGGUCGAGCCGCCAGAAGAGCCUGCAGUUGCUCAUUCUCACAAUGUCCGCCUUCGUACCUGACUUCAAUUCGGGCCUCGGUAUCGCCUCACUGUUCAACCUCGCCGCCGCCUUCAACACGACGACCGAGGAGAUCAAUUCGCUCACGUCGAACUGGAGUAUCUUCCUUUUGGGGCCCGGGGGCAUCGCGGCAGUGUUUUUCAUCAAGCGCUACGGGAGGCUCCCCGUCCUCUUCUGGUCCCAGGUCCUCGGCCUGGGCUUCCUCAUCGGCUGCGCGCUCGCCAAGGACCUCAAGACCUUCGCCGCAAUGAGGUGCUUGACAGCAUUUUUCUCGACCGCGCCGCAGUGCACUGGGCUCUGGGUCGUCGCCGACUUGUACCCGUUCCACCUCCAAGCUCGCAAGCUCAACCUGUGGACCCUCGGCUUCAUCAGCUCGCCCUUCGUGUCGCCGUUCCUUCUCGGCUACAUGAUCAACACGACCAACUUCAAGGACGUCUACCUCGUCGGCGUCGGUUACACGGCGCUCGUCGUCCUCCUCAUCGCCUUCUUCGCUCAAGAGACGAUGUAUGACCGCGACGUCGUGCCUUUCCCCGAGCGGCCUACGACGGGCCUGCGCUACCGCAUCGAGACGCUCAUCGGCAUCACCGGCGUCAAGAUGGCCAAGUAUCGCUGUUCGUGGUGGGAGUCGCUCACGUCCAUCUUCGACCUCAUCUGGCGCCCGCACAUGCUCCUCAUGCUCCUCUAUGUCGGCGUGACGUUCGGCUUCGGCAUCGGCAUCAACGUUACGCAAGCCGUCUUCCUCGGCAGCCCGAAGCCGGUCGGCUACGGCUUCUCGCCCUACGUGACGGCGUCGAUGUACGCUACGCCUAUCGUUGCGGUCGUCCUUGGCGAGUUAAUCGGUCGCUACCUCAACGACUGGGUCGCCGACCGUCUGAUCAAGCGCAACAAGGGCGUCUUCGAAGCCGAGAUGCGCCUCUGGACCUGCUACGUCAGCAUGCCGCCCUUCCAGAACAAGCUCAACGUCGCGGCUGUCAUCUUUGGCUGGGGCCUCGCCGAGCUCGGCAUCCUCUUGAACACAGUCGCGGUCUACGCCUACUUGAACAACUGUUUCCCUACCCGGCAAGGCGAGACCUCGGCGCUCAUCAACUGGGCCCGCGUCCUGGGUGGCUUUGCCGUGCCGUACUACCAGCUUCCUUGGAGCGAGGCACCGUCGGGAGGACCGCUCAAGGUCUUCGCGAUGGAGGGAGCCGUCGGAGCGGGCCUGUGCCUCCUCAUCGUGCCGGCCUUGCAGGUGUACGGCUCGCGCCUGCGCGCGCGCUUCUCGGUCAAGCACUGAGCGAGCCAAGGAGGACGAGGACGCUGUAUGUGUGCAACUGGGUCUGUAUCGCG